CCGAUACAGGAAGUGCAUCCAGGAUUUGACCUGCUCGUCUAUAAAAUGGAUUUCUAGCUGGAGAGAAAAGUCAUGUUUAACUUAAAGGCUUUGCAGAAAAACAAAACAAUCAAAUAUGGAAUCCCUAUGCUCAUGCUCGUAGUUGGAGGUUCCUUCGGCCUGCGAGAGUUUACACAAAUUCGGUACGAUUCCCAGAAGAUCAGAAAAAGGCUGGAUCCUUCACUGGAGGCCAAAGUGAACGUGGAGAAGCAGUCAGUCAUACUGGAGGAGGAGUACGAGAAGAUGAAGCAGGUGAAUAUGGAGGAGUGGAAAAACAUCCGUGGUCCUCGUCCCUGGGAGGACUCCAGGGAGUACCAGGAGCAGCAGCGCACCAGCCAGGAUAAAUAGGAAAAGGACUGAGGACCAGGAGAGGCCAGGUGGAGCGGACUGAACACUCACACACCUGCAGCAGGACGGAGCAGAACAUAAUGGACGGAGUCUUGUGGCGAUGCCGCUGAGACCCAGCUUCACCCAGCUUCACCCAGCUUCACCCAGCGCUGCAGCUUCUGGGUGUGGACUGGACUUUGUGUGGUGUUGGUUUGUGUUGAACUUUGCUCAUUCUUUGUAACAAGUCGGGUCUCUACUGGACACACAAGUGGAUGCAAUGAUGAUUUUGGAAGUAGUAUAAAGUAUAAAGUCACCUGUUGGUUAUUCUCCACUCUGAUCAGGAGUUUGUUAUAUAAUCAACCAGCAGGUGGCACAUCUGUGAGCUGCUGCACCUUACAUUUCACACGGAUACUAGGAAAGGAAAUAAUAUGUCUGUGUAUGAUUUCCGUGUCUCAAUAAAUUAUGUUCUAUUGAUCCAAAUUG